AUGGACGCCCGCUAUUCCAAGACCACACGCAGGAGUUCCUCUCGCAGGCCCUCCACAAGCCGUCCCAGCCGCCCACGCAGCAGGGAUAUGGAUGAGCUGCUCUACGCUAAGAUGUCCACGACAUCUCCCACUCCGAAGUCUCGUAAACCGGACCAGCGUCAAGAUGAACGGCCGCAGCAACUCGGCCGUGACGACCGCAGCACACGCGAGGGUCGAAAGACAUUCACCAUAGCGCUUGCGUACAGCAGUAUUGCUUCUGCCGCCUUGGCAAUUGUAUUCCUGCUGUGCUUCUCAGGAUCGUGGACUGGCCCUGCGAGAAGCCAAAUCUGCAGGAUCCCUCUGCUCGGAAAUACGACCUUUUGCUCGCCCACCGAGGGAAUUUCGGAACCACAUUUCAAUCGACUUGUUGCGCAAGAGGCCGAGUUUGUAGCACUGCAUGAAUUGGCUACGAAUGCCGCUCUUCUUCCGGCCAUGCUUUGGGAGGGCCACCGGAGCUUUCAGCAGCUGGCUUUCACAGUGGAGAUGUUCCAUGCAAAUCGCAGGGUCUCUGUGAGCCUUGUAAACAGCAUUCUUGGUAUGAAUACGCUUACCAAACACAUUACUUCUGCGCAUCUCAAUGCCGAGCGCUAUUUUGAGAAGACCUCGGCUUUGGAAAAAGGCUUUGAGAAGUUGCUCAUCUUACUUGGCCUUCUUAAGGAUGACGUUCCUCCUGAGCGUGAUCUGGCCUCGAUUUUCAUCGGCAUUACCACGGAAAUCGACAAAUACAUCGAACUCACGACGGAAGAAUCCCGAGAAGCUAGUCCCGAUCUCAAGAAGUUGAAAACGCUUGUGGAAGCUAUCGCACUCGGAUGGAUGAAGAAUGACGGAUGGGUGAGGGAUGCAAAUGAGAAAACAGCCAGGUCGUUGUCAUUGUCAUUCUGGCAAUGGCUUCGAUCAUUAUACGAGGAUGAUGAUAAUCAUCAGACUACCAACGAGCUGAUGCAUCUCGCGAGAUUGGGCGACCUUGGUCUGCAUUCGACGUGGAAGCAACUUCUUCAUCACCACAAUAGUACCGUGCCCAACUUCGAUGAGCGGACGGAGCUGGCUGCGCAGUACUACCGCACCAUUCUCAUGGCCCUAGACAGCGCUUCUAUGAUAACUUCCAAGCUGCAACAGAUCCGCGAGGGGAUCCUCGUGCUGCGUGACACUGCCCGCGCCGAGAUUGCAGAGGAGGGAAUUUCUCUCUCGUCGACGAAAGAAGCCCUCCGAGCGAGUUCGCGCUACCUCAAGAGGAAGUCCAAGUUGCUCAACGCUCGACAGAAGAGAGAUUGGGAUGCUUUCGAGCGCAGCACGCCGGAUCUGUCGCAAAGUCAUGACUCCCAGGUCAUCUCCAGAUCAACUGCAGCCACUGUCGUUGUUUCUCCACACGCAGACCUACCCACCAUGGAUUCUCCCGAAGCCCGGACAUUCCGCAGGCGUGCACCACGCCCUCGCUCGUCCAGCCGUCCACGCUUCCAAGAUGGAAUGGAAAGGCCGCACAGCGAGGCAGUGCUGAAAAGGUCGUUUCCAGAUGUCCACAGGCUGCGAUCACGAUCUCGAGCAACAAGUCGGUCUGGUCGCCUAUCUCGCACCGCUCCUGGAUCAUUGGGCAAAGCUCUUGAAAGACUCCACGGAAACAUUCAUUUGCUCAAGUGGGCGCCUGUUGCGGUCAUCGGUCUCUUGCUGUUCCUCUAUCUGACGGAGCCACUGCGAUUGCCUGCCAAACGCACGAUAUGCAAAGCCGUUCUGCUCCGCGAUCUUCAGUUCUGCUCGCCCGCGCAACAUGUCUCAAAUCCAUACUUUGAUCGCCUCAUUGCGCAAGAGGCCAAGUUUGUCGAUCUGUACCAUAUGACGGGAUUGAUCUCCUCGUUAGGCUCACUUAAUCCGGGCAAUUUCUCGCUGGUGAUCAAGGCCGUCCAGAUCGAGGACACAGUAUCAGCGUUUGUGCACACCAUAGCAUCUCAAGCUGGACAAGGCUAA